ACGAACAGACACGAUUUGAUAGGUUAUGUUUGGAUUGUAUUUUGAAUACAACAGUUUCAGUCACACCAAAAACUAAUUAUUACUUUCAAUUCAAAAUGACUGCAUCAUAAUUGCAUAAAUUUGGUGUCGAAAUUGAAAUAAUUUAUUUCAAUUCUUUAUCGUUAAAAAAGCAGAAAGGUGUGUCAACGUUGCGGCAGAAUGUCGCUUGAAAUUGAAAAUGACAAAAUGUUGGCCAAAAACUAUCUGUAUCUGACAUCGUUGAUAUCGGGCGGAAUGGCAGGAUUGGUGGUGGAUGUCAUGCUCUUUCCGAUAGACACUGUAAAGACUCGUCUUCAAAGUGAGAAACGUUUUUGGCGAGCCGGUGGAUUUCGAGGUAUUUACAAUGGAUUGAGUCCAGCUGCAGUUGGUUCAGUGCCAUCGGCUGCACUUUUCUUUUGUACAUACGAAAGCAUGAAAAAGCUGCUGUCACCAUAUGCACACGGUCAACAAACGCAUUUUGUUCAUAUGUCAUCGGCUGCAAUAGCCGAGGUGGUCGCUUGUUUGGUUCGGGUACCAGUUGAAAUAGCCAAACAACGUCGUCAAGUACAAAGUAAACAGUUGAAAAAUAUAAGCGCCACAAAAAUUCUAAUACAUGCCUAUCAAACCGAAGGCAUUUUUCGUGGAUUAUAUCGAGGAUUCGGUGCAACAAUUCUUCGUGAAAUUCCAUUUUCAUUCGUUCAAUAUCCAUUAUGGGAAUACCUGAAACUACACUGGACAAGUGUAACACAUUUACCAUUGACUUUUGUAUCGGUGGCUGUAUGUGGUGCCAUUGCUGGAGGAAUUUCUGCUGGUAUAACAACUCCAUUGGAUGUUGUAAAAACAAGAAUUAUGUUGGAUACACGAAAUGGUGUAAAGCGCAAAGGCAUUCAUGCAAUUCUGCAAGGAAUCUAUCGAGAAAAUGGUGUACGAGGUGUUUUUGCUGGAUUCAUACCACGUGUCAUUUGGAUCACCAUCGGUGGUGCGAUAUUUUUUGGAAGUUAUGACCUUACAACCAAAAUCGUAACAAAACAUCUGUUUUGAUAAUUGCAAUGAUGUUUAGUAAUUUUUUUUAGACAUUCGAUACAUUUGUAUAUAUAAAUAAAUAUAAACUAAGAAAAAGUACAAAACCAGAACAAUAUGGUCAAUAAA